AAGAAUUGGUGAAUCUACUACCAUGAUGGGUUUUAACUUCCAACCACCUAAAGUUUCAAAAUUUAAUAACAGUCCACAGCAAAAAAGUUUCAGAAUUUGUGUAAAUUUUGGACAAAACAGGGUGAAGUGGCGCAUUGGUUUCAUAGUGAUUAAGGACCAAAAACGAGGAAAACUCCACCAGAUUUGGUUUCUGAUGCUGAAACCCUCUUUUGCUUGGAAUCUUUUUCAGAAGAGGGAAAAAGGCAUUUAGUCUAUGAAACCACUAUGGGUCCCCCCUUUCUAUCCUUCUUACCGGAACAGAUUGCUUUGCAUGGCAAACACUUUCGAAGCUAACAUUCUUCACACAGGUCUGGGACAAGUUAUAGCAGUGAUGGUUAGGUCCUCUGCUUUCUGGUUCUCCUGUAUGAUCAUGGGUCGGACCGAUAUUCGGGUUAUAACUUAUAACCCUUGUAUACAUGCUUUCUCCCUUGUAUGAGAAUGUUUCUGCAGUGAAAAAAGAGGAAAAGUAUGUUAGUUUAAGACAUUAGAGAAAGGAAAAGUGGUGAAACAUGAAAGGAAAAAAGAUAAAGACAAGUGGUGGGCUUUGAAUAGAUUCCAGAGAGAUUGUUCAACACUCUUUAGUUCUAGAGACCCUACUGACUUCAACUAAGACAAGCAUAUAUGUUGUCUUGCCACUUAUACAAAGGCAAACACGCUCACUCAUCUCUGCAACAACUGUCUGAAAGCCUUGACAUUGUCGGUAGAACCGAACAGAGUAUAGGUUUCUGGUUAAAAACAUGGCCAUGAGAUUAGCUGGGAAUGACGGGUUUUGGAGCAGCUUGUCUGUUCUGAAUGAAGAUACCCUAAUGCAGAGUCUUCUCCUUGGUCAUGUUCCUGAUGGCCGCUGGCUUGAUUCUGAAAUGAUGCUUCAGGAAGUCGAAAACAUCAUGCACAUUGCUUUGGAGAAUGAAGUUUCUAGCCCACCUAUGAGUUCUGAGACCUGGAACUGUAUCAGCGGCAUUGAAGUGGUUGAAUCAGUGGAGACACUGCCUUGUACAAUCUCCAGAGUCUCCCUUCAGAUGCUUUGUCAAUGCACAGGGGAAAGGGAUAUUCAGACAAGAACAAUGGCCGUGUUUGAUCUUCUGCGAAAUUAUCGAUGGGAUGUGAAAGUUGUGAUAGUACUAGGAGCUCUGGCUGAGACAUAUGGAAGACUCUGUCUACCAAAACACCUUAGCUCCUCUGAUCCUGUGGCAGCAUCGGUUGCAAUCCUCAACUGGUUGCCUUUCAAUACAAGCAAGUUCAGCACUUGGCUUAAAUCUCUGAGCUUGCUGGUUAGGGCUAUGGUAGAUGUGACUAAAUGCAUCAUUGGGUUUGAAAGACUGCCAGUGAAACAGGCAAAUCCAGACAACAACGUUGUGGGAGAAACCGCAUCUCAAGUCUAUUUAGCUGCUUACUGGGUUGUCAGAAGUGCAAUCACAUGCUUGAUGCAGAUCGCCUAUUUCAAGCAAUCCCAGCAAGCAUCAGAUUCGAGGAUAGCAAUGAGGGAAUUAUCAAGUUUAGGAUAUCGGUUGACCAGCAUGCAGAUCAGUCUCAAGGAGCAGGUAGAAGAAUGCUAUGAACAAAUAGAGGAAGAAAUCUAUUGGAAACUUCACAACAUUUUCACAGAGAAUAGUGAAGAUAACCAAGCGGUACUUCAACUGCUGUUUUCACUGCAGGAUGACUUCCCACUUCAAGAUUUCUCCAGACAGAUAGCUAUAACUGAGCUGAAAGAUAAGGUCAUAUUGCUGCUACUAUCAAAGCCAGAGCUCCUACCUCUAGAGCAACUUCUCUUCCUACUUCAACAAACAUAUGACCAUCGGUCCAAGGUUGAGAGCAACAGAAACUACGACAUUAUAUGGAUUCCAAUUCCAUCAUCCACAAGAUGGACAGAUGAAGAGAAGGGAAUCUUCAAGUUCAUCUCCAACUCCCUCCCGUGGUGCUCAGUCAGGCGGCCAUGGCUGAUGAGCUCCACGGUGGUGAAGUUUAUGAGAACAGAAUGGAAUUACAGAGACGGUGAGACAAUGAUGGUGGUGCUGGAUUCUAAUGGAAGGAUUGUAAACAUGAAUGCCAUGGAUAUGGUGCUUAUAUGGGGUGUUAGGGCAUACCCAUUUUCAAUUUCCAGAGAAAACGAGCUCUGGGAAGAAGAUGGAUGGUCCAUGCAGCUCCUGCUUGAUAACAUUCAUCCUGCGUUUGAAACAUGGGUAAGAUAA